AUGAUGCCGGGCAUUUCCGCUCUGUCGGGGAGCGGAAUUGACGUGGAUGGCCUGACGCCAGAGCAGCUGCGCAUGCUCGCCGUCGACAUGCGCGACGCGGCGCUCACGGAAGGCGCGGAGGACGACGCAGAGCAGGCGGACCGCGCCCUCGCGUCGUUCGUUAAGACUAGCACGCUCGAAGCCGCCAGCAUGCUAGCUAACAGACGCACCACGACUGCGGGGAAAACAGUAGGCGGAGGAGGAAGGACUGGCGGAAAGGGUGACGGAGCAGCAGCAGCAGCCGCGGCAUCAGCUGCUGCGGCGGACCCUCCGUUUCCGGUUACAGCAACAAGCCCAUCCGCUAAGCCGGCAGCCGAUGCUGCUGUUCCAUCUCCGUCCAAGCCUGCAGCAGCCAGGGUACUCGGUAAAACCGCGUCGGCUCAUGGCAGCAGCAGCAGUGGCGGCGGCGCCACCACCACGAGCGCCGGCAACGCUAGCAGCGCGAGCGCUAGCAGCAGCGCGAGCGGGAGUAAUAGCGGGUCGUUCCGGGAGCGGAUGGGCCUCGGCGGGCUCCAGAUUGCCGUGCCGGCUGAUGACGCCCUCGCUGCUGCCGCUGCUGCCGCUACAGCCGCUACAGCCGCCGAUGCAGCUCCAGCGAGUGUGGUAUCGCCUGCUCGCGCUGCCGGCAGCAGCAGCGCUGGGGCGGUAGCAGUAGGUGCAGGAGGAUCGGCGUCCUUGCACGGGCUCCCGUGCUACAUUCACUUCGCCAACCACCGCGUGGCGGCGACCAUAACGCUCUCGCCGGCAUGCAUUGACUUCGGCAUAGCGCCCUUCCGCAUCCGCCGCACCAACUUUGUCGACCUCUGGCGUGUGCCCGAGCGCCCCGUGCUCGUCACCACGCCGCGCACGCCCAAAACCCGUGCUGCCGCUGUUAAGGGGGGUGGGGUUGGUAAACGGCCGAGUAAAUCCGCUUCUUCCACUCCUCGCACCCCCAACAAGAGUGUAUUUUCGAAAUCGGAUUUUCCAGGGUCCACCCAGCCAUCCAUAGACGCUGCUGGUGCUGCUGCCGGAGAGGGGGGAGGGGCAGGAGAGGAAGGAGUAUUACUAGCGCCAGUGGCAGCAUCAUCAGAUGUGAAAUUUCUUGAGGGAUCACAUGGCUCUCCAAAUCACAACCUCACUGCUGCUGGUGCACCUGAUGCUGAUGCUGGUGCUGAUGGUAAGGGUGAUGCGGUGAGUGAGGGUGGUGGUGGUGGUGGUGGUGCUGUGAGCACGCUGUGUGCGCCUGUGGUGGUGCAGCCGCGCUACUCCACUGUGAUCUCCCCUGAAGGAUCUCCCCGUGCUGCUGCUCCCUCCAAGCACAGGCCACAGCAGGCGCAGCAGCAGCAUAAGUCGGAAGCAAGCGCAGAUGAAAGCACCGUCACGCAUCCAUUUUCUGUUGUGGGCGGUGGGGACACUGAAGUUGAUCCUUUGCUAAAUGCAGCAGCAUCAGCAGCUGCAACAGGGACAAGCGCAGGAGCACCUGAGCGCCCUGGGGAAGAACAAGGGGUUGAACCUCAGCAACUGCAGCAGCAGCAGCAGCAGCAGCAGCAGCAGCAGGAAGGGAGUAAGCAUGCAAUGGUUUCCCUGAGUGUUGAGGAUGUGGCAGCAGUUGAGCUUGGGUUGGAGACAUGGGAGGUGGUGCUCCUAGAAAGGGAUGAGGAGAGGAAACUGAUAGCUGCAGCAGCAGCCGCCGCCGCAGCGGCAGCGGCAGCAGCAGCGGCAGGAGGAGGCGUGGGUGGAGUGGCAGAGACAGAGAAAGGGAGUGAGGUGGCAGAAGGCAGUCGGGAUAUCUGCAUGACCCCGCCUGGUACUGGCAAGCGAACCAGAAGCUUCCAGUUUGAGACAUCCAUUGCAGGCUACGACGCCAUUCGAGCCAUCAUUGACGGGUGGACGCAGGGAGCAGAGGACCCAGCAGCUGCAGCAGCAAAGGAAGCCGAACUCAGCGACAUUCGCUCUGCUGCCGCCGCCGCCGCUGCUGCUGCCGGUGGUGCUGGUGCGUUUGCUGUGGGUGGGGCUGGCGGUGGCAAGGGAGCUGCGGCAGCAGCAGCGUUCAGCCCACGUGACCUAGCAGAGGGCACUGGGAGGCACAGCAUCAGCUGUGACGGUGACACCUCGUCUGCCUUCUCUGACUACACAGAGGCUGAUGAGAGGCGGCGCCUGCUCACCAACCCCUUCCACUCCACCACCGACUCAUCUGCAACAGACCCCCCUUCUGCCGCACCCAGUGGGGCUAACUCAGAAGCAUCUCCUGCAGCAGCUGGUGCUGGUGCGGCUUCUGCACGGGUUGCUGCCCCUGUAGGCUCCUCCUCCUCCUCCAUCGCCCACACUGGCGUGUCGCCCACCUAUGGCAUAUCGACGGGGGAUGUACCAGCCGCAGGGCUCAUGUCGUGGUCGUCUGCGUUGCGCAGUGUGGUGCCCCGGAGCAGAACGUCCUUUGAUGCUACCUAUGUGCGCAUGGAGCCUUUAACGGCUGGAGGAGGGGGAGGAGGAGGAGGUGCGGGAGGUGAGGGGGGCACUCGCCCACGUUCUGCUGCGUCUGGUGGAGCAGCAGGGUUUGUUCGCAGCAGCAGCGUGACAGGGCCUGGAGAGAACAAGGGUUUGAGGAUGCGGCCAGUGAAUGGUCAGUCCGACGAGGCAGCAGCAGCAACAGCAGCAGCCACGGCAGCAGCUGCGUGGGUGGAUCCAACGGUCACUGGUGCGGAUCGCGUGGAUGGAGACCUGGAGCCCCGGCGCACGCGCAACGUGCAGCAGCUCCUGGCGCUGCGCGAGUGUUGCCCCGUCGUCCGCCGCGCGCCCUGCAGCCCGUGGACCGACUCCCCGCGCACGCUGCCGGGGCCUGGCGGAACCGGCGCAACCAGCGGCAGGGGGGGCGGAAGCGGAAGCGGCGGCGAUAGAGGGGGUGGGCUCCGUGGGGGAGGAGCCGGAGGUUUAGGACGGGGGUCCGUGGGGGCAGAGGCGGAACUUGCUGCCAGGGCGGAUGGCGGCAAAGCAGCUGUUAGGCAGGACGAGGAAGGGGCAGAUGGCGUGGGCGCAGCAGCGGGUAGUGCAGGUGGCAGUGGAGGCAGCAGUCGGGUGAACGGUGCUGUUAUGCUGGCCCACUGGGUGGAGCGGGACUCUCUCAUCCGCUACUCGGCACAGUACUGCCCUCUGCACCCUGCCCCGCGCUCCACUAUCGCCGCCGCUUUCAGCAGCGAUGGCGCCUCCCUGGCCUCCACACAUGGCGACCACACGGUGAAGAUCAUCAGCUGUGCCACCAGCAAGUGCCUGCGCACGCUCACAGGCCACCGCCGCACGCCCUGGGUGGUGCGGUACCACCCGCGCACAGCGCAUGUGGUGGCGAGUGGCAGUCUGGACCAUGAGGUGCGCCUGUGGGACACCGACACCGCUCACUGCAUCGCCUUCCACCCCUUCUAUCGCCCCAUUGCAUCGCUCGCCUUUCAUGCGUCUGGGGACCUGCUUGCCGUGGCGUCCGGCCACAAGCUGUACAUAUGGCAGUACACGCGUUCAGGAGAGGCGGCACAGCCGUGUGUGGUGCUGCGCACGCGCAGGUCACUGCGAGCUGUGCACUUUCACCCGCACGGCGCUCCUCUGCUGCUCACCGCUGAGGUGAACGACUUGGACUCAGCAGAUUGCACGCCCACAGAAGCACUCUCUUCGGGCUACGUGCACUACCAGCCGCCCUCCUUCCACUUCAACCCCUCCACUGCAGACACCACCCUCGCCGCCUCUGCUGCCACUGCGGGGGUCACUCUCCCCGCCACGCCCCCCUUUCCCCUCGCCCAAUGGCAGAGCUGGGAUGAGGUUGAGGCUGCUGACGUGGCUGCCAACGUGGCUGCGGACGUGGCUGAUAUGGAGGGGAGAGGGAGGGCAAGGGACAUGGGUCCUGUGAGUGGUGAUAGGGAGGAGGUGGCGGGAGGCGGCGGUGCUGGUGAGGAUGCUCCGGGAAGGGAUGGACAGAGGGAGAGCGAUAGGGACCAGCCACGGGGGACAAACGGGGAAGAAAGAGGGGAAGAGACUGGAGGAGGAAGUGGAGUAAGGGGUGGAGAGGGUAGCGAUGGAGGGGUUGGGAGAGUGAGUGGGGACGAGGGGCAUGAAGCAGACAGUGCAGUAGAGCAGGCUGCAGGAGGCUCUAGGCCAAGCGCACAGGUGGGUGGUGAGGGGAGAGAGGAUGAUGGUGCUGAUGUGAAUGGUGGUGGUGGUGGUCGAGAGGGAGGAGAGGGCAGCGCGGCAGGUGGUGCGAGGUUGAGCGUGGGGACCAGGGGCAACAGCACUGGUGCUGCACGAGAUGUGGAGGGUGCACAGGCAGAGGCGAGUCAGCCGACGCCGGAGAUCCCCUGCACGGUGAAGCUCAAGGUGUGGCGCCACCACAUCAGCCGCCCCAGUAGUCCCCUCGACCCCGACAGCUGCCGCCUCACUGUGCCGCACGCCGUGCUCUGCAGUGGGAUGCAAGGCCGGGGGGUCGGAGCAGCAGCGUCGGAACCAGCAGGGGCAGCAGCAGGAGCGACAGGGGCAGCAGGGCUGGCAGCAGCAGGAGGAGGAGGAGGGGGAUCGGUGGGAGGGGAUGGUGGUGGGGCGGUAGUAGCAGGGGGAGGAGCAGGUGUAGCAGCAGGGGCGGCGGGUGGUGAUGCUGCGGUGCAUAGCAACAGCUCAGUGGCAGCCCGCAUGUCUCCAGGGGAACGACGGCGCAGCCCUUCCCCUCUGGAAGUGAACUCUGGCUGGCAGCACGGGCAGGGGCAGGGGCAGGGGCAGGGGCAGGGGCAGGGGCAGGGGCAGGGGCAGGGCCAGGGGCAGGGGGACACGCGCAUUGUGGGGACGGAUGGUGGUGCUGCUGCUGAUGUGGGCGCUGGUGGUGGUGAGGCUGAGGUGCCGUCAGGUGCUACUGGGGUAGUGGCAGCCGAAGCAGCAGAUGGGGCAGCGAUUCAGGAGGCUGCAACCACUGCUGCUGCCGCUACUGCUGCCACCACUGCUACUGCUGCUGCUGUUGAUGCACCUGCUGCCAACGCUGAUGAGAGUGCUGCUGGUGCUGCUGGGGGCAGGAGCAGGGACUUGGGAAAUGGAAGGGGAGCAAGUGGAGGGGCAGGAGGGGGGAUUGGAGCAGGGCUGGCAGGGGUGAGUGGGGCGGUGGGUUUGGCCGUGGGGGGGGGAAUGGGAGCUGUGACCACUGCCACGUCUCGACUCGCAGCCUGGGUGACGGGAAGAGGGGCUGCAGCUGCCGCCGCUGCUGCUGCUGCUGCUGCUGCUGCUUCUGCUGCUUCUGCUGCUGCUGCUGCUUCUGCUGGCGCCGGCACUGCUGGGAACACAGCAGCAGUGGGCGGGAGGAUGGAGGGACCAUCUGUUGCUGCUGCAGCAGGGGGGAACGACCUGGAUGCCCGGGGAGCAACUGGGGGAGGCGCAGCUGCGCAGGGGAGCAGGGGGGGGGCAGUGAGCGGGGGGGGAUCAGGGGGAGUGGGGGGCAAUGCGAUACGGCGGUCAAGAGGGGGCAAAGACGCAGGGGCUAGUGGAGCUAGCGGGAAUUUGGAGCAAGACGGGGCAGGGGGAAGGGGAGGGGGAGGGGCGGGAGCAGGGGGGGGUCGUGGUGGGGGCAGUGGAGGGGCGGGCAGCAGCAGCAGCAAUGCGGGAGUGGCGCAUCAGGUCAUUUAUGAGCUCAGGGUCUACUCCUUGGAAGAUGCCACGUACGUUGCCUCCCCUCUCGGCCCUGGCUCCUUGCCCUACUUGUCCUUUUCUCCCCGCGCUUUUCUGCACUGCACUGCCCCUCGUUCCCGCCUUUCUUUCGCUGGUAUUGCUGUGUGUCAACGGGUUCCUCGUCUCUUCGGGCAAGUCCUUGCAUGUCGAGCCAUACGAGCAGCACAUUGCCUCACAUCCAUCCAGUUCUCCCCCACGUCCUGCCAUCUGCUGCUGGCAUACGGGCGACGCCAUGGCUCUCUGCUGCGCAGCCUGGUAGCGGAUGGGGCCUCCAUCGUCCCCGUCUACACCAUUCUCGAGGUCUAUCGGGUCUCUGACAUGUCACUAGUGCAAAUCCUUGCCAGUGCGGAAGAUGAGGUCAACGUGGCUUGUUUCCAUCCUCAAGUCGGUGGGGGGCUGGUCUACGGCACUAAGGAGGGCAAGCUGCGAGUGUUACAGCAUAACCGUGCCGUGCCUCUCCAUCUGCCGCUCGGCAUUGCUGAGGACACCUCCUUUAUUGUUGGAGAGGGUCCUGGGAGGAGGGGGAGGAAGGAGAGGGGAGUGGGGGAGGAGGAGGAGGAGGAGGGUGAGGAAGGGGAGGAGGGUGAGGAAGGGGAGGAGGGGGAGGAAGGGGAGGAGGGUGAGGAAGGGGAGGAGGGGGAGGAAGGGGAGGAGGGUGAGGAAGGAGAGGAGGGGGAGGAAGGGGAGGAGGGUGAGGAAGGGGAGGAGGGGGAGGAAGGGGAGGAGGGUGAGGAAGGGGAGGAGGGUGAGGAAGGGGAGGAGGGGGAGGAAGGGGAGGAGGGUGAGGAAGGGGAGGAGGGGGAGGAAGGGGAGGAAGGGGAGGAGGGGGAGGAAGGGGAGGAGGGUGAGGAAGGGGAGGAGGGGGAGGAAGGGGAGGAGGGGGAGGAAGGGGAGGAGGGUGAGGAAGGGGAGGAGGGGGAGGAAGGGGAGGAGGGUAAGGAAGGAGAGGAGGGGGAGGAAGGGGAGGAGGGGGAGGAAGGGGAGGAAGGGGAGGAGGGUGAGGAAGGGGAGGAGGGUGAGGAAGGGGAGGAGGGGGAGGAAGGGGAGGAGGGUAAGGAAGGAGAGGAGGGGGAGGAAGGGGAGGAGGGGGAGGAAGGGGAGGAAGGGGAGGAGGGUGAGGAAGGAGAGGAGGGGGAGGAAGGGGAGGAGGGUGAGGAAGGGGAGGAGGGGGAGGAAGGGGAGGAGGGGGAGGAAGGGGAGGAGGGUGAGGAAGGGGAGGAGGGUGAGGAAGGGGAGGAGGGGGAGGAAGGGGAGGAGGGGGAGGAAGGGGAGGAGGGUGAGGAAGGAGAGGAGGGGGAGGAAGGGGAGGAGGGUGAGGAAGGGGAGGAGGGGGAGGAAGGGGAGGAGGGGGAGGAAGGGGAGGAGGGUGAGGAAGGGGAGGAGGGUGAGGAAGGGGAGGAGGGGGAGGAAGGGGAGGAAGGGGAGGAAGGGGAGGAGGGGGAGGAAGGGGAGGAGGGUGAGGAAGGGGAGGAAGGGGAGGAGGGGGAGGAAGGGGAGGAGGGUGAGGAAGGAGAGGAGGGUGAGGAAGGGGAGGAAGGGGAGGAGGGGGAGGAAGGGGAGGAGGGUGAGGAAGGGGAGGAGGGUGAGGAAGGGGAGGAGGGUGAGGAAGGGGAGGAGGGGGAGGAAGGGGAGGAAGGGGAGGAAGGGGAGGAGGGGGAGGAAGGGGAGGAGGGUGAGGAAGGGGAGGAAGGGGAGGAGGGGGAGGAAGGGGAGGAGGGUGAGGAAGGAGAGGAGGGGGAGGAAGGGGAGGAGGGUGAGGAAGGGGAGGAGGGGGAGGAAGGGGAGGAGGGGGAGGAAGGGGAGGAGGGUGAGGAAGGGGAGGAGGGGGAGGAAGGGGAGGAGGGGGAGGAAGGGGAGGAGGGUGAGGAAGGGGAGGAGGGUGAGGAAGGGGAGGAGGGGGAGGAAGGGGAGGAGGGUGAGGAAGGGGAGGAGGGGGAGGAAGGGGAGGAGGGGGAGGAAGGGGAGGAAGGGGAGGAGGGUGAGGAAGGGGAGGAGGGGGAGGAAGGGGAGGAGGGUGAGGAAGGGGAGGAGGGGGAGGAAGGGGAGGAGGGUGAGGAAGGGGAGGAGGGUGAGGAAGGGGAGGAGGGUGAGGAAGGGGAGGAGGGGGAGGAAGGGGAGGAAGGGGAGGAGGGUGAGGAAGGGGAGGAAGGGAAGGGAGGUGAGGAGGAUGUUGAAGUGGGGGAUGAAUUUUAA